AUGCCCGCUGCCGCGACUCUCCUCAGACCAAUUGGCGACUGUGGCUACUGCAAAAAAGAUGAUUCAAGUGGCUCGUACUACAUGAUCACAAAAAUUCUAAGCGCCCAAGUUUACCAAGACUUGAUUGACCGAGGAUGGAGAAGAUCUGGUAACCUCCUAUACAAACCCGAUGUCUGUCGAUCAUGUUGCCCUCAUUACACAAUCAGAUUGCCCGCCGACUCGCUUGUGGCAAGGAAUGAUCAACGAAAAGCCUUGAAUAGCUGGAACAAAUUUGUACUAGGGGAAGAGUACAUCAAAGAGACCGCCAAGCGCUUUCCCAAGACAAAAGAAGAGAAAGCUCGACAGAGAAAUGGGUUCGAUCUGCUUCAAACGGUUCACGAAGCAGAAAAUGACAAGCUGAAGCCUGUUGAACCCGCUCACCGCUUUGAAGUCACCUUGGAACCCGACGACUGUACAGAAGAGAAGUUUCAACUCUACAAGAACUACCAGAUUCACGUUCAUCACGAUGAGCCUGGUGAAGUCACCAAGAAAGGAUUCGAACGCUUCCUCUGCAAAUCGCCAAUCAUCAGAGAGACAGUGAAGAAGAACAGCAAAGAGCAACGCCUCGGAUCAUACCACCAGUGUUAUCGCCUCGAUGGCAGAUUGAUCGCUAUCGGCGUAUUAGAUCUCCUACCACACGCAGUCAGUGGUGUCUACUUCAUCUACCACCAAGACUUCGAAAAGUGGAGUUUCGGGAAACUCAGCGCGAUGAGAGAGGCAGCACUGGCUCUGGAAGGUGGCUAUGAAUUCUACUACAUGGGCUUCUACAUCCACAACUGCAUCAAAAUGCGCUACAAGGGCGACUACAAGCCUCAAUACGUGCUCGAUCCGGAGACCAACGAAUGGAACCCACUGGAAGGAGAACUGCGCGAGUUGAUGGACAAGCAGAAAUAUGUCUCAUUGUCUCGCGAGCAUAUAGACAAAGAAGAAGACAAGAGGUCUUAUUUAUUGGAAACCUCAGUGGAGGUAUUCAAGAGCAAAGAAACUUUGUUCAAGUUGGGCAUGCCUGGCAUGAUGAGUCCUGAAGAAGUGGAAGCACAGGUGGAUCUCAGCAGAAUGCGUAUUCACCUGAGCAAAGGAAUUACCGUGGACACAGAGGAUCUUGUGGCAUGGGAGAGCGGAGACAUCACUGACCCUAGAUCAAUCAAGGGCAUCGUCGGCGAGUUUGCUGCAUUAGUGGGACCUAGAGUCGCCGCAGCGGCCACCAUGGACUUCUCUCAAGAUUGA